CUUCAGUCUUCUCGGGUUGGAGACGACACAGUUUGUUCCAACUCCAAAAACGUGUGCCCAAGUCCACACAACUCCUGGGAAGACAGUCCUCUCCCUUACAAGAAAAGCCUUUUAGUCGAAUAAUCGUUGAAAGAAUAAAAGUCAAAGUUAAAAGGCAGGCUUGUUUGAGAGGGAGGAGCAGAGAGAGGAACCCCAGGACUGUUGGAAACUCUACUCCUUUGCUGUCAGCAUGACGGAGAAACCGCCACUGGACAGCACUGAGGACAGAGCCUGGCUUGGCGAGGGCCAGUCUGAAACUCAGCUCGACGCUGUGAACGGGACUGAUGGAGCUGACGAUGACCGUCCAGCGUGGGACUCAAAGAUCCAGUAUGUGUUGGCCCAGGUGGGCUUCAGUGUGGGCUUAGGGAACGUGUGGAGGUUCCCUUACCUCUGCCAUCAGAAUGGAGGGGGGGCCUUCAUGCUGCUGUAUGUUUUUCUUUUGCUGAUUGUGGGAGUUCCUCUGUUUUUUAUGGAGCUGGCUGCAGGCCAGAGUAUUCGCCAGGGAAGCAUCGGCGUUUGGAAGCACAUUUCUCCAAAGCUGGCAGGGAUCGGCUAUUCCAGCUGCAUGGUGUGUUUUUACGUGGCUCUCUACUACAACGUCAUCAUUGCAUGGAGCUUAUUCUACAUGGGCAACUCUUUCCAGUAUCCUCUGCCAUGGGAGCAGUGUCCCAUUGAUGUUUCUACAAACGAUACAGUGAAAGAAUGUGCUAGUUCCUCCCCAACAUCCUACUUCUGGUUUCGCAAAGCACUAAAUAUCACAAACUCCAUCGAGGAAUCUGGGGAGUUUAACCCCAUCAUGACGGGCUGUUUACUGGCUGCUUGGACGAUCGUGUCUUUAGCCAUGAUCAAGGGCAUCAAAUCUUCUGCAAGGGUGAUGUACUUUUCCUCUGUCUUCCCCUAUGUGGUGCUCUUCAUUUUCCUCAUCAGAGGGUUGUUAUUGGAGGGUGCAAUGGAUGGAAUCACCUACAUGUUUUAUCCUAAACUUGAGAUCUGGGGGAACGUCCAGGUGUGGCGGCAGGCUGCUACACAGGUGUUCUUUGCCCUCGGGCUGGGCUAUGGCUCCGUUAUCGCAUAUUCCUCCUACAACCCGGUCCACAACAACUGCCACAGGGACGCUCUGAUGGUGUCUGGCAUCAACUUCAUGACGUCUGUGCUCGCCUCGCUUGUGGUUUUCGUCGUGCUCGGUUUCCGUGCCAGGAACAUCGCUCUGCGCUGUGUGGCUGAAAAUCUUGGUCUUCUAAACGUCAUGGCGUCUCAUGAGUGGAACCAGCCCUUAGUCAAACUGGGUUGGCCAUGGAUCAAUACAACAGACCCUGGCUCCAUUCCUCUGGCUGACUACAGACACUGGUACGAGCAGUACGGCUCCUUGAUGGGGCCCAACAUCACCGACUGUAGUCUGGAGGAGGAGAUGAAUAAGGGCGUUGAAGGUACAGGCCUGGCAUUCAUCGCCUUCACCGAGGUGAUGGCUCUUUUCCCUGCCAGCCCCUUCUGGUCCACCCUGUUUUUCCUCAUGUUGCUCAACCUGGGGCUCAGCACCAUGUUUGGGACCAUGCAGGGAAUCCUCACACCGCUCAUGGAUAAUUUUAGCCUCUUGGGCCGUCACCGGACUCUGCUCACUGUCUCCAGCUGUGCUCUGGGCUUCUUACUUGGACUCAUAUUCACUCAACGCUCUGGAAACUACUUUGUGACGAUGUUUGAUGACUACUCCGCGACUCUGCCGUUGGUCAUCGUGGUGAUCUUCGAGACCAUCAGCGUGGCCUGGGUUUAUGGGACUGAUCGAUUCCUUGAUGAUAUUGAAAUCAUGCUCAACUGGCGCCCUCCGGUGGUGUAUAAAUAUCUGUGGAAGUACGUCUGCUUGCUGGCCAUGGUUGGUCUCUUGGCAGCCAGUCUGCUACGGAUGGUCUUUAAAAGUCCAACAUAUACAGCCUGGAACCAAAGCACAGCCUCUGAGAUGACCCUGGAAUACCCAGGCUGGGCCCUGGCUAUGAUCGUCAUGCUCAUAGUCUUCGCCAGCUUGCCUGUUCCUAUUGGCUAUCUCCUCUCUUUGCUGAGAAGCCGUGGAGGUCGUAACAGUCUCCCUGAGGAGGGAGAGCCCCCGGAGGUGCACCGUGAGCUGUACACGAAGUGCAACUCUGUCGAGCAGCUGGACUCCAACUCCCAACACAGACCCGAGGAGGACGAGACUCGACCCAGGGCCGGCUUCCUACCGCUGGGCCACGAACUGUACCGACUCCUUCCACAGCAGGAGGAUGAAGAUGAGGAGCAGGAUACAGGAGUCUGAGUGUGGAUGUUUGACAGAACCUCAGAGAGUGUUAAAAAGAGACCCUGCAGGAUGACAGGAGGUCAAAGAGAUAUUAACCCUCUACCUGACAACGAGUCUUUGCAGCCUUUCAGCAGGCUCUACCUUAGUGACAGUGUUCUAACUAUUUAUAAGUCAUGUACAUAAUCAAACUCUUUUUUAGAUCCUGUAAUUUUAAACUAAAACUACAACUCGUCUUUUUAACUCUGUCCUUUAUUUUCUGAACCAUUCAGGAAACAGAAACACUCCCACAGUCACCAAAAUAAAAGAAGCUGCUGUAUUUUAUAAACAAAGAUUUAAUGUGAAGAUGUUAGCGUGGAGGUGGUGCAGCUCCCAGCAUGUAAAGAAACAGAAGUUUGAUUUAAUGUCUUUCUGCUCGCUUUAUUUUAUGUGAAACCACAGUCGUUUUUAAUUUCACAAAGGCAGCAGCAGACAAAAAAACUCUUCAUGACGAGUAUUUUUAUCAAAACUGUGAGGUGUUUGCACAUGUGCGUGUUUGUGUGUGUGAGCAUUUGUAUUGAUAUUUUUUUUGUUAAGUUUUGAUGUGAAAUGAUAAUGUCAGUAAAAUAAGUUUAUUUUGCAUUGUAUUUGUAUAUUCUUACCUCAUAAGACCACAGAAAUGUUUUUACUGGUGUUCAAAGUGCUGCAGGAUAUUACUGUAAAAAGUGAGGAUUUAAAUAAACCUCUAGAUGGCAGCAAACCCA